AUGAACGGUUUCGUCUACAAUAGUUUCCUUGUUAUCUGCUUGCUUCUCUUGGCUGUCACAUUUCUUUUCGCCGAAGAGAAAGAUUUCUGGAAUAAACCGAUCCAAACCAGAGCACUUGUUGAACAAGUAAAUUCACAAGUUGGAGUUGGUUGGAGAGCAACUUCUUAUCCACACUUUGAUAAUAUGAAAUUAUCCGAUUUUAGAAAGUAUUUGGGUGUUCAUAAUUUUACUGAACCAACUCGUAGUAAAUUUAAUGUCAGGGCAGAGUUGACCAAAGUGAGAAAUUUACCAGAACAAUUUGAUGCUAGAAAAGAAUGGCCACAUUGCAUUACCCCAAUCAGAAAUCAAGAACAAUGUGGUAGUUGUUGGGCAUUUUCUGCAAGUGCUGUACUCUCUGAUAGAUUUUGUGUUUAUUCCAAUGGUAGCGUUCAAGUAAUGCUAUCACCUGAAUACAUGCUUGAAUGUAGUGCUCAAAAUAAUGCUUGUAAUGGAGGUACUUUACAUGCUGCAUGGCAAUUCCUCGUCUCUGUAGGUAUUCCAACUGAUUCUUGUGUUCCAUAUUCAUCUGGAAAUGGUACAGUUGGCCAUUGUCCUUCCAAAUGCACAGUUCCAGGACAAACUUCCAAAUUUUACAAAGCAGCAGCUGCUAAGAAAUUAGAAAACAUGGUUGAGAUUAUGACUGAAAUCAAAACUCAUGGUUCUGUGCAAGUAGCCAUUGCUGUCUAUCGUGAUCUGUUCUCAUACAAGUCGGGAGUUUAUCAUCAUGUGACUUGGGGAUUGGAUGGAUAUUUCUGGAUUCUAAGAGGACAUAAUGAAUGCGGAUUUGGAAAGGAUGUAUGGGCAGGCAAACCUGCCUUGUAA